GAUGUUCGAUGCCAGAGAAACCCGAAAAUGGCAACUUCUAUUUUACUACCAAAAGAGAGAAUAAAAUUGGCGGUUUUGUCAAAUUCACCUGUGAUCCCGGCUUCGAUUUGAAUGGACAAAAACAAAUUAAGUGCCUUAAAUCAACAAAAAAUUGGGCAACCGAGUUUCCUACAUGCGAAAUUGGAGUUAGAUGCCCUACCAUCCCCACAACACUCUUGAAUGGCUUCGUACAGAUAGAACCCGGGGAAAUGGUCGUAGGCAAACAAGUUACAUUUACGUGCCGCCGUGGUUAUUACUUGCCAAAAUUUUCUCAACGAUUGAUCGAAUGCCAACAAGAUGGUACUUGGACCGAUGAUGUUCCGGAAUGUGUAAAAUCAGGUUGCCAGCUACCAGAGGUAGAUAUAGAGAAUGGAUUUGUCAUCGAUGCAAGAAACGGCACGUAUUUAGCUAAUGAUCCAUUGUACUACGGGUGUGAUGAUGGCUACAAAAUUAGAGGGAGCUGGCAAGUUUGCAAGCCAUCUAAAGGGACAUCUGGGAAGUGGGAUGGAGACGUACCUAGAUGUGAAU